GUAGUGUUGGUAAGGUAGGACUGGACACAGCCUUGGACCUGUCUCUGUAUCUGUCCAAGGAGACAGACAUCAUGCCUGUCACCCAGGGUCUGGGGGAGCUGGUCCCUCUCUACAAACUGAUGGAGAAGAGAGACAUGGAGGGUCUGGAGAACCAGAUGAAGGGCUACAUCGUGGAGCUGUUCCGGGGUUUGAUAGACCGUCAGACGUGGAGUGACGAGGGCUCUGUUUCCCAGAGGGUUCUAAGGAGCUACCUGCUGCUGUUCGGUUCUGUCAGGAACCAUCCCCCAUGUGUCGCUACCGCCACACACCUCUUCAACAAGUGGAGGGCCUCCGACGGCAACAUGAGUCUCCCCAGUGAUGUCAGCUUGGCGGUGUUUGCCAUUGGUGCUCGUGAUCCCGAGGGGUGGGAUUUCCUCUUGAGAAGUACCGCCAUUCGCAGCACACAUCUGUCAAGAGCCGCAUCAAGUCUGCCCUGUCCAUCAGCCCUCUGCAACACAAGCUAAAGAGGUUAAUGGAGCAGAGUCUUGCGGGCGAGGUGAUGAAGACUCAGGACCUUCCUCAUGUGGUCAUCUCUGUCAGCAGGAACCCCAAAGGGUACAAGCUGGCCUGGGACUUCCUCAGACACAACUGGCACACACUGGUGAAGAAGUUUGACCUGGGGUCCCACUCUAUCUCAGGCAUGGUGACCGGUGUGACCAACCAGUACUCCACCAGGGAGAUGCUGGACGAGGUUCGCAGGUUCUUUGACUCUCUGUCUGAGGAGACAGGUUCUGGUCUGAGGUGUAUUCAGCAGACGUAUGAGAGCAUUGAAGAGAACAUCCGCUGGAUGGAGCAGCACCUGCCCCAGCUAAAGGCCUGGCUGGACAGACAGGCCCAGGGAGCCAGGACAGAGACACGGGGCCACGAGGAUCUAUAGGCCUUCUAUGCAGUACAGGGCAGGGAGGGGUCUAGAGCAGGGUUCCCCAUCUAGCGGGAUGAAUUUGGCCCGUAGCUGGUUUUAUUUGGCCUCCCCAAGUUUUCUGAGAAUUUUUUUAUUUUUUAUUGUUGGGACAUAAAAUAUUAAAAACACCAGGAAAUCAACCAGCUGAUUUUAAUUUAAGAAAUCUGUUCCAAAGUAUUAUCACGCAUAAUAGGGAGACACGUGAUCGUAUACAAAUGUAAGCAAGGUUUGAAAUGAUCAUGUUUUCGUCAAACAUAUCUGUUUGGGCUUCUUGCGGUCUACAAAUGAUUUGUAAUUAUGCACCGGCUCCCCCACUCAAGAGAAAUCAUCCCGCGGCUGAAUCUCGUUGAUAAUCCCUGGUCUAGAUCGCAGAAUGAUUAUGGCUGUGUUUGAGAGCAUCAAAACCGGGAUGAAUUAUGCGGAAAUAGUGACUAACUGAUGUAGAAAUAACAUUGAGUAGUUAUUUAUGAUGCAAGAUGAUUUGUAAAUUAGUCAAUCUCGACUCACCUUUAAAGAAUAAUAUUUCCAGUGUUGCUAACACUGGAUAUUACAUUUAUGUCUGAGACAAAGGUUGGCACAAGGUUAAGACCCUAAACUAUUUUAUUUUCAUCUUCGGCAAAUUUAUACAUUUACAUUUAAGUCAUUUAGCAGACGCUCUUAUCCAGAGCGACUUACAAAUUGGUGCAUUCACCUUAUGACAUCCAGUGGAACAGUCACUUUACAAUAGU